AUGGCGGAGAAUUCGUCAAAUUCGACAGUGACUCCACAUACUGUGGUAUCUUCUCAAAUCGAACGAGCUUAUGUGACCAUCAUCAUUUUUACCGUAAGUUUUUGAAUUUGAGUUUUUUAUUAUUAAAAUAAGAGUUUGUUUCAGAUUUCGCUCAUCGGACUUUUGAGCAAUCUCUCAGUUUUCCUUUUUGCCGCAACUCUCAAAUCUUUACAAAAUUCUUUCGGUCGACUUUCUGCUUCACAGUCUUUUGCAGAAGCUGUUCUUUGUGGAGUUUUCGUUUUCUAUUAUUGUCCGAUGGUUGUACUGUGAGUUGUUGGAAUUUUGGUUCCAAAUCCUUAAGUAAUACAUUUUUCAGUGACAUAAUUCCUCUAAAAAUGGCAUCUUCUCACGUUGGUUUGAUUCUUCUAUUUUGUUAUGAUGUUUGUAUUUUCUCCCAUUUAUUCAUUGCUUGCAACCGUCUUUGUGCAAUUGCUCGACCAAUUCAAUACAAUCACAUUUUCAAGUGAGCUUUCUUCUCUUUUUUUCAUUUUCUUUCUUCAAGAAUAAAACUACAAUGUAGUCAACUAAUUAAAAAUAUUAAUUAAUAUUCAUUUCAGUGACCACAAUACUACAUUUCUUAUUUUCCUAGCUUAUGCAAUUCCAUGCUUUACAUCUAUUUAUAUGCAUCUUUCGAGUGAGUUAUUAGUGAAACCUAAAAUUAAUUAUGAAUCGUGAGUAAACAAGAUAUAUUUUCAGAUAAUUGCCUUCUUCCAUAUGUUGAUUUUGGGUGGUAUUUUGGAGUAAAUACAUCAGCGGUAAGAGUUAAACUAAAAAUCAGAAAAUGAAUUCAAAGAUAAUUUUCAGGACUGCGAUGUGAUUCGAUUUUAUAUUGAUUUCUGUAAAGAUUUUGGUGUUGUUGCAUUGAUUAUGGUUGUUGAUCUUCUGACAAUUAUUAUGAUUCGAGUUACAGCUCUUCCAAUUAACGUAAGGGAUAACUUUACCCAGAUUUGAAAUUUAAAAACGUAUUUUCAGUCUGACUCGAGUAACAUGCGAAAACGAAAAAAGGAGAUCAAAUUCGUGAAACAAGUUCUCAUCCAAGGUGCUGUUUUCGCAACAGAACUUGUAUUUUUCUUCAUAAUCUCGCAAAUGCAAACAAGUCCAGUUGCAAUAUUUUUAUGCACAACAUUCGCUUGGACCCUUGUUCACACAAUUGAUCCACUCGUUUUGAUUUUCCUGAAUGUCGAAUUCCGAAAUAUGAUGCUGACGCAACGAUUCAAAACAAAACUGUCACGAAAUACAGUCUCACAUCUUGCUGAUAACAGUGGUUCUCAACAAAAUACACAUUAA